CUGUACUGAGUACAGCAUUAUUAUCUGUGGAACUAUACUUAGGAGGCUUUAGUAUGGUUUAGGAAGUAAGGUAAACUGCGCGGAUUGCAAUAUAAGAAUACAUAAGGCAGGAUAAAGUUCAUGAAAUGUUUUCAUCGUGAAGAUUUUACAUUGAAAUAUAAGCGAGGGCAAUUAGAAAUAUAAAAAUAAAUACACACAAUUUAAUGACAUACAACCGGGACCAACGCCUUAACAUACCGUCCGAAGCACGGAGAAGCUCAAGACGUUCACCCAUCCAGUAACUGACCAUUGAGAGAGUGACUUACCCACCACUAUCAGACGCCGAACGCGCUCCUCGUCCAUUGAGCUCCUCAUUGAGCGUGCAAUAGGAUGAUUUCUUUGCUCCUUGUGGCCCUACUUCUGGUCUGCGCGUACUGCUUCACGUACAUAAAGGAACGACGCGCGCGCAAAAUGCUGGCGGGUCUACCGUCGUUCUCCUAUCUUCCGUUCAUCGGAAGCAUGUACAACUUUAUUGGAGGUUCAGAGGCAAUAUUUCACCAAUUAGGCAAUAUCUGCAAAAUGACGGAAGAUUCUGGAAAACCGGUAGUUGUAUGGAUUGGUUACAACCCUGCUUUGUUUUUGUGUGAUCCCGAAGAUGUGAAAGUUGUGACCAACGCGUUUAUAGAAAAACCAUUUUACUACAAAUUUGCUAAACUGUGGCUUGGAGAUGGCAUGUUGAUCGCGUCUGGUCCCAUAUGGAAACGCAACUUCAAGAAGAUAAUAUCUGCCGGCUCAUUCAACACGGCGACAGUUGAGAGUUACCAGGACAAGUUUAGCUCGCAAGCUGCUAAGCUGGUGGCGCAGCUGGCGGCAGAAGCUGGUUCACCGCCAUUUAAUGUGAUGGAUAUGCUAGCUACUAACACUUUGGAGACUAUUUGCCUGACCGCACUGGGUACAAAUUACUCCUCAGAGCCGACCUUCAUGGAGCAGUACUAUCACGCCUUGCAGCGGACCUUAACCCUCCUGGUGCAGCGAGGUUUCAAUAUUCCGCUACACGCGGACUUCCUGUACCAUCUCACUCCAAUGUACAACGAGUUCAAGAAACAUGUCGCUGUGCUACAUAAAGUUACACACACUGUGAUGUCUCAAGUAAAUGAACAAAAUAAAAGCCUGAAGAAAUCUGAUGACAAUAAUAUAAAUGGUCAACCACGGGCCAAGUACAAAACUUAUUUGGAAAAUCUUCUGGAGUUGCAGUCUUGUGACCCACAGUUCAACUGGCAACAGAUCCAGCACGAAAUACACACUAUCAUCGUGGCAGGCCAGGAGACGGUGGCGACCGCACUAUUUUACAUCCUCCUCAUGCUGGGCUGCCAGCGCACGGUGCAGAACAACUUAUACCAAGAGUUGAAAGGAAUAUUCGGAGACAGUAAACGACCCGUCACGAAAGAAGACCUGGACCGUAUGCCGUAUUGUGAAGCCGUGAUCAACGAGACGUUAAGACUGUAUCCGCCAGCUCCUGCCGUCAUUCGAUAUGCUGACCGGGAUCUGAAAAUUAAAUCUUGCACAAUUCCCGCGGGCACUGCGUGCGUGGUCGGCGUGUGGGGUCUGGGUCGGUCGCGACGGCUGUGGGGCCCAGACGCUCUGCAGUACCGACCGGAGCGCUGGCUCGACUCCGCCUGCCCUGGAAACUCGCCCGCAUUCUCCGUCUUCAGCUAUGGACGCCGAGCUUGCAUAGGUAAAAAGUACGCCAUGUCGUUUCUGAAGACUGCGCUGGCGCAGUGCGUGAGGGAACUGGAGUUGGAAUCCGAGGCAGACAAGAUGCGGUUCAAACUGGACAUAGCUCUGAGGCCAGUCAACGACUAUUUCAUACAAGUUCGGAGGAGAGAUGAACAUUUAUAAAAAAAUGAAUUCGCUUGUUCUUAUUAAAAUAAACGUAAAGCCGACUACAGAAUAUCGUCUCGGAACUUCUAAUUCUAAUGCAAAUUUAAUUUUAAUUUUAAUUAAAGUAAAAAUAAUUUAAAUAAUGACUCCAUUCAUCUCUUUAAAAUAAUUAAUUUUAGUUUGGUAUUCCAAUUAAGGGGAUUUCUUCAUAAAAACGAACAAACAAACGAACGAACUUUUAGAAGCAUAAUCGCGAGCGGUAUCGCAAUUUGUGUCAUAUUUAUAGAUAAUGAUACAGAACAGAACCCUUUGUACGCGAGUCCGUCUCGCACUUGGCCAGUUUUGUUUGAAUUGUUGUAUAAUUACACAAUACAGCAUGACAAACGACAUCGUCUGUUGACAUACAGACGGACGGAGAGCAGUCUUAUUAAACGGGUCCCGUUUUACCAUGGAACCAUAAAAAUUAGAAAAUGAGAUGAAAAAUGAGCAUUAAAUAUGUUGUUUUCUUUAUUUAUAUAGUUUUUAAUUAGUUUAUGUUUAUUUUAAUGUCAAAUAUUUAGCGUUUUGUCGUGAAGCACUUAAAUGUCUGGUAUAAUAUAGACGUGUUAUGAAAUCUGGUACAUAUAAUAUUGAUAAUAAAAAAAGAACUUUUUAUAUGUUUAA